ACAUAAUUUAUUGUAGAUAAUUUUUUUAUCGCUUUAACACGGUGUAUUUAUACAGAGGUAUACCAACGUUUUCUUCACAGUUCUUACAAACAGUUAUCAACAGUGUUAUUCUAAGAUAUUUUUUCUAAAGUCAUUUACACUCAACAUCAUGAAAUUUUCUAUGGUAUUACUUUUGGUGGCAGUUGUCAUGGUACAACAAUGUUUGAGUGCUCACUGUCAUCACGAAGGUGAACAAUCUCAACAAGAUAGUGCUGUUGAUCACACUGGCCACAACCACGGAGCUCACGCGAGCCACGAAGACCAUGCAGGCCAUAACCACGAAGGCAGUGACCAUGCAGGCCAUAACCACGACGAAACUGAUCACUCAGGCCAUGACCAUACAACAGGUGAUCACACUGGCCAUAACCACGAAGCACAUAAACACCCUACAGCAUAAAUACUAAUUAUUAAGUUAAGCACACAAUUGUAUAACGACAACACAAUCAAUUAAUAAAUUAAUAUUUCAUUAAAAUUAAUAUGGCAUUCUCCAUAAUGUAAUUUAACUAUAUUAUUCUCGUGUAAUAACUAAUAUUGUGUAUCAUUAUGAAAUAAAUUAAGAAUACUCAA